AUGGCAGAAAUUGGUACGAAGAUAAAUGCUAGGAUAGAUAGGAAGGAUGAGAACAUAAGGAACAUCCAAAUUUCCCGAAUGAGUCUGGAAAAACAAGUUGCACAAGUAGGUAAUUCACUAAACUUGCGUCCUCAAGGAGGUUUUCCCAGUGACACUGAACUCAACCCUAAGAAAUUGAAUGUUGUAAGUACAAGAAGUGGGUUACAACUAAAGGAACUAGCUCCAAAGAAGAGAGAUACUGAGGGAAUUCCAAAGUAUGUCAAGUAUGUGAAGGAGAUACUGGCAAACAAGAGGAGACUCACGGAGUAUGAAAUAGUGGCGUCUGUUCUUGGCUAUGGGGCUUGGGCAUUGAUUGAUGUAGUAGCUAGGAAGUUGACUAAGAGGGCACACGAUAAGGUUGAAGUAUUUGAUGUCUAUCGCGCCUUGAAAUUGCCUUCUAUCUAUGAAGAGUUAUCUGGUAUUACGGUUGUAGAUCCCACAGUAGAAUCACAGUUCAUUGCACCCGAGGACCCCUUGGAAAGCAUUUUAGUGGGACAUGACGUAGAUGGAGAUAUUAAAGCUAAAGAAAUAACGUCUUGUUUGAAUUUGGCAUCCAUGGGAUUAUACAGAGGUAGAGUAGAGUCAUUGGAUCAUGAAUUGGGGUCUUCGCCCAAACCCUUAAUUGAAGAAGCACCGAAAUUGGAAUUGAAAUAUAUGCCUGCUCACCUAAGGUAUGCAUAUUUGGGUACUAAUGAAACCUUACCUAUAAUACUUUCUGCAGAAUUGUCUGAAACACAGGUUGAUGCGGCAUUGAGAAUUUUAAAGCGGAGAAAGAAAGUUAUUGGCUGGAAGAUGACAGAUAUUCAUGGGAUUAGUCCGGCAUUAUGUAUGAACAAAAUCUAUAUGGAAGAGGAUCACAAACCGAGUGCACAACAUCAACGUAGACUGAAUCCCUUGAUGAAAGAACUAGUGAGAAAGGAAGUAAUAAAGUGGUUAGAUACUGGAAUCUUGUACCCAAUUUCUAAUAGCAAUUGGGUAAGUCUCGUGCAGUGUGUCCCAAAGAAGGGAGGUAUGACAAUGGUGAAGAAUGAAAAAAAUGAGUUAACUCCCACUAGAACGAUGUUGGACCGAUUAGCAGAGCAGGAGUACUAUUGUUUCUUAGAUGGGUAUUUCGGAUAUAAUCGUAUUUUUGUUGCGCCCGAAGAUCUAGAAAAGACCACAUUAACUCGUCCUUAUAGUACAUAUGCUUUCAAACACAUGCUAUUUGGACUUUGCAAUGCGUCGACGACUAUUCAAAGGUACGUGAUGACCAUUUUUCAUGAUAUGGUGGAGGACUUUUUAGAGGUGUUCAAGGAUGAUUUCUCAGUCUUUGGGAAGUCUUUUGAGAUAUGUCUCCGAAAUCUUGAUCAAGUACUUGCUAGAUGUGAAGACACAGAUUUAGUGCUAAACUGGGAGAAGUGUCACUUCUUGGUUCAAGAGGGCAUAGUAUUGGGUCAUAAAGUGUCAAAGUCUGGACUAGGAGUAGAUAAAGCCAAGGUGGAAGUUAUUGAAAAAUUUCCCCCUCCUAUCUCUACCCUUGAUUCUGCUCAAGCUAAUUACACAGUGACUGAGAAGAAGAUGUUGGCUCUAGUGUUCCCCUUCAACAAGUUCAAAUCAUAUUUGAUAGGUACAAAGGUAAUUGUUUAUACUGACCAUGCAGCUAUUAAGUACUUAAUCAACAAGAAGGAUGCUAAACCAAGGUUAAUUCAGUGGAUAUUGCUUCUCCAAGAAUUUGACCUUGAGAUCAAAGAUAGAAAGGGUAUUGAGAAUCAAAUAGUUGAUCAUUUGUCCAGGUUAGAAGAUUUUUACCAUGUACAUGAAGGGGAACAAAUUUGGGAAGAGUUUUCGGAUGAACGGUUAAUGGCACUAGAUAUCUCUCGAGUGUCAUGGUAUGCUGAUAUAGUGAAUUUGAUAGUAAGUGGAGAGUACCCUCUAGAUGCAACCACCCAACAAAAGAAAAUUUUAAUUCAUGAUGCUAAGUUCUACAUCUGGGAUGAACCAUUCUUGUUCAAGCAAGGAGUGGAUCAGGUGGUAAGAAGAUGCAUUAUGGAAUAUGAGGUAAAGAAAGUACUUGAAAGUUUUCAUGCCAACCCAUAUGGAGGACACAAUGGAAGAGAGCGCACGACUCAUAAGUUCUUGGUGAAUGGGCAAAGGGUGAAGUACUACUUCGGUGAAGAUUCGGAUCAUGAUCGGGAGGCUCUUGAGCUGAAUGAUUGA